CAUCCUCUCAAAAGAAGAGAAGCAGAAAGAUCAACAUCCUGUUAACACUCGUAACCCCUCUGACCCGCACCGACCUCUACAAACUCAUCAUUAAAAACACAAAUCACCAGCAAACUCCCAGAUCUGAGAGCCGUACAGGCUGCAGUGGGUGGACAGUGAGUGUGUGUGUGUGUGUGUGUGUGUGUUUGUGGUGAUUGAAAGUUUUAGUGACCCAGCCUCCCUCUCAGAUUACAGCCCUAUUUAUAACAUCUCCCACCCCUCCUUCAGUCCCAACCCAAAAACCACUGUUAGGAAGCACCUUUCCCUCUCAGCCGGCCCGCAGUCUGUGCCUGACUGUCAACCGAGCUUUAUCUCUCAUCAUCAUCAUCAUCACCAGUCCAUUUUUAAUCAGAUUUAACUGUUCCUGCAUGGGAUUACCACACAAACACAUGCAUAUGGACACACUUCUUGCGCAUUUUUCCAAGGAGAAGCAAAGGAUUGUUUGGUGUUUCUUAAGUUUUUAAUCUUUGUUUUUUUUUUGGUGUGUGCGAUGGAUCACACUCUUUUCGGCUGUUUGCGCAGCCCUCAUGCUCCUCCACAGGCCCUGCACCCCGCAUUCGCUCUUCACGGACGUCCCGAGCACCUCUCCUCGUACCCGGAUCUCUCCAGCUCCUCUCCUCCAUCCACCUGCAUUGUAAGCGGGUAUCCCGGAGAGGAUGGUGGUCUUUUUGGAGGGCACCAGCGAGGGCUGUCUGUGUCCCAGCAGCAGCAUCAUCAUCACCAUCAUCAUCAUCAUUUGGCGCAGCAGGGCGGAUGGCAUUUACCACAGUCAUCCAGUGCUUCACCAUCUGCUGCAGGCGUUCGUCUGGGAUUGGGCAUCUCAGGCCCUGAUUCGGGCUCUUCAGAUGUGGGUCCCGGAGGCCCCAGUCUCUGUGCAAGCACACCGAGUCUGGGCGCAGGAGUGCCCUCAGGUGCCUCCUGUGUCCCCGGAGGAGAUUUCGGACGGCAUACGAUGUCCCCGGCUGAGGCUGAGAAAAGGAAUAGUAAAAGGAGAAGCGACAGCUCUGAGUCCCAAGAUGGGAAUUACAAAUCGGAUGUGAGCAGCAAGCCAAGGAAAGAGCGCACAGCAUUCACCAAAGAGCAGAUUCGGGAACUGGAGGCCGAAUUCGCCCAUCACAACUAUUUGACCAGAUUGAGGCGUUACGAAAUCGCAGUAAACCUGGAUCUCACGGAAAGGCAGGUGAAAGUGUGGUUUCAGAACAGACGGAUGAAGUGGAAGCGGGUUAAAGGAGGCCAGCAGGGGGCAGUAGCCCGGGAAAAAGAGCUCGUCAAUGUAAAGAAGGGAACGUUGCUUCCUUCCGAGUUUUCAGGCAUUGCUGGACUCCAUACGCCGGACUCACUUCUCAACAACGAAGACAGUCACGACAGCGACCAGAGCUCUGAACAUGCUCACUUAUGAUACUAACAGCGUAUCUGAGGUCAAGAUCAGGUUCAGUACAGACUGAAAGUACAGACUGAAAGUACACGAAUACUGCACAACAGGUGCCAAUGAGGACAGUUCCUGUUGCGCCCCAAAUAGUGACAGUCCUCGCUAAACUUGUAAAACCAAAUCUAUACACGACUGAUAUACUGAUGUGCCUUUGGAUGAUGCAGUCUUUCUGAUACUUACGUGUCAAUUUUACAAUAUAAAGAUGUCUUGCUAGUUUGAUGGAAAUGUUUACACGUUUGAAAAUAUCGUUAAAGGGAAGGUUCACCCAAACCAUUUACUCAUUUACUCACCCUCAAAUGGUUUGAAACCAUCUUGAAAGUUUCUAUUUUGAAGCAACACCCCACUUUAUUUUGAGAAUAGGCUCAUUUUACAACUUCCCUGGAGUUAAAGAGUUGAGUUUUACCAUUUUUGAAUCCAUUCAGCUGGUCUCCGGGUCUAGAAGAAGCACUUUUAGCUUAGCAUAUACAUUGUAUCUGAUUAGACCAUUAGCAUCUCGCUCAAAAAUUUCAAAAAUAAUUUCAAUAAUUUUCCUAUUUAAAGCUUGACUCCUUUAAUAGUUACAUUGUGUGCAAAGACUGAUGCUUUAUUCAGGCUAUGGCUAGGAACUACAGUAUUCUCUCAUUCGGGUGUAAUAAUCAAAGAACUUUGCUGCUGUAGCAGGCACAAUAAUAUUACACUGGUAUUAUUUUUUGGUCCGGCGUAAUAUCAAUAGCCUGCUGCAGCCAUAGUAAGAUGGCAAAGUUCAGAGAUCGGCUUGAAUGCAUGCAAAAAUGCUACAAUUCUACUGUUUAACUCUAGGUGACUUGUAAAAUAACCGUGUUCCUUUAAAGGUGACAUCAGAUACCCAUUUUACAAAAGUUAUGAUUCUUUAAAGUCUUCAUGAAAAUGUAUAACUUUGGUUAAAUUUCUCAAUGGUAGUGUAAAUAAACACUUUUUACAUGGUCAAAAAUGACCUCGGUCCACAGUGACUCGUUUCACUUUGUGGCUCUUUAAAUGCUAAUGAGCUGCUGCUCACCAAACCUUGAGCUUCUUCUGACGUUUGUCUGUAUGAUUGACAAAAUGUGAGAUCACACUGGGCUGUCUCCCUUGUGUAUAAUUUAUAAUUGCUUGACAUUGCAGCCAGCCAUUAUCAUUCAUUCAUCACGUGAAAGACAAAAGCCAAUCAUAUACAGUAAGAGCCAGAAAAAAAUUUGAUUCAUCCAUUUUUCAAGUUCAUUUUGAGUCCUUCGCUCAUCACGUGAAAGACAGAAGCCAAUCAUAUAGACGAAUUAAUUACCAUGUUUGUAAACAUUCAGUAUAUGCAUGCAGCGAGGUGGCAGAAAUAAACCGGGAGCGCUAGCAUUUACAGCGAGGGAAUGACAUCCGAUGCGGUACAGAGUUUGUUGUUGUCUUAGAAAUAAGUUAUAUUGAUUACAUAUUAUUUAUAUUAUUAACAUUAUGCUGUCAGCGUAUUAUAACAGCGUGUCACCCAGUGAUAAGCACAGUGAUUCGGCAAAAUUACCGUUAAAGUGAGCGGCGUUCAUCUGACAGGUCCAUUUGUGAUAGCACCCUCUUAAUGGAUAUUGGACACGACGAAAUAACCAAGCAUCCAGCCCCCAAUUAUACAAUCUCAAUAAAGCUCCAAGUGUUUUAACAAGAGAGAAGUUAAAGGCCUACAGGUCUUUAGAUGCCAACAAUGUUGUCUGUGUGGUCUUGUGCAAGAAAUAAUGCUCCAUGAUUACCAGAUUCAACACUAUGUAGAGCUAAAAACCGAGAUUCUGCUUAGCCAAAGACAAGUAAAGAAGACAGAACUGUACAAGGUCUGGGUAAUUAAACAUCAACAAGCAAAACGACUGCAUUCUGACAGAGAACUGCACCUUUAUGGCAGGGUAUGUGAACUUAUACAUUAAGGUAAAGUUGGUUUUAUAUUCGCACAUUGCUUUCUCCUUAAUAAUUCAUAAAAGUACUAUUUGCAAAUUCUGAAUAGCAAAAUCAUAUUAGCAGCCAAUGACCAUCAACGUACAACAUUGUUCACAGUCAAAUAAACAGUGUUAAUGUUGUUUUUAUGUCACACUUGCAGGUUAUUUCAGACCGAAUAUUCAAAGUGCCAUGGUAGACAAUAUAGGGAGUAUAUUUAAUGGAGCUUCUGCGUUAGCCUGUCGAUUCUGACAGGCGUGUGCGAGUAAACGGCUUUUUGUCUCAUUUUACACUAAAUGAAUGCCAAAGUCUAUUUAACUGAUUGUAUUGUAAUUACAUUGAAACAUCUGUAAAAAGAAUCAUAUAACAUGGAAAAUACCUCACAAUAACAGGUCAUCGGAAGUUUAUCAGUAUGGGAACAACACUAGCUCUGCAUAUACCCUAUUCGUACAAAUUCAUAUUACAAAUUCAGUUUAGACGUAGCCGCCUUUCCACUUCACACGGCAUUCGGUAACUUAUUUUGGAAUACGCCCCCUUGUGGCAGUCGCACAGAAUUUUCAGUUUUGUUGUGCACCAUGGAAGAGAAGCUGGAUUCUCGCUGUGUCCGAAAUAAAGAAGUGCAAAAGCAAGAGCCAAUAUUACCUGUCCGUUCACCAUAAAUGAAUAUCAGAAACUCAUAGACUGCUAAACAUUCUGGAGGGAAUGUGGAGACAACUUUAAAAAAACUAGUAUUUUUUAUUACUCAUUUAUGAACAGAAAUGUUUUUAUUUUUAAACAUUUUUUCUGAUUGAAAAUAUAAUGAAAAACUACUAUUUCUCAUCUCGUGCACACGGAUGUGCUUGCACAACACUGGAAUACAUCCCAUCCGGUCAACUGGUCACGUGCAGUCUAGUCGCAGAAGUUAUUUUAAUGGAUCAGCAGCUCAAAUCGGAUCUGAAUUUUCUGCAUACGGAGAUGACGGAACUCCGGGCAGCUCCUGGACUACUCUCCAUUGGAAAUGAAUGACUUCUGGUCACUUGUUGUCGGUUGCCGUUUGUCGUGUGCAGUGGAAAGGUGGCUUAAGAUGUAUGAAAAUGUAGGAUUUAUAAAAGGAGGCAUGGCACCAAACCCCAACUCCAUCCGUCAUUGCAAAUUGUACAAAUUAAAUGUACAAAUUUCCAAAUAGCGAUGGGAAAACCAUCACGAAAUUCAAGAAGGUCAGUUAUGAACAUAAAUACACUCAAGACAGUUUAUAAAAACAAGUUUCAUGUCUGGUUUUCAACUUGUCUUAGGUGAAAGACACAACAGAAAGCUAGUUAAACACAAUUUUUUCCGAUGUCACCUUUAAAGCAUUUUGGAUACUGGUCGCCCGUUGGUAGAACUCUCCCUUUAAAUGCAUUAGAGGUGCUGUAAAAUCUGACAUGUCAGCAAAACCAUUUUUUUUCUAGGGUCUAGGGCUUCUGGUCAGGUCUGGGUAUUUCCUGCAUGCAAUUCCAUAAAAUAGUCACUCGCAGCACCUUUAAAGUAGUAUUUUUCUGCUCUUUUACUUGAAAAUAAAAUGUAGCAGUCCUUAAAAAACAGAAAACGAUUGGUCAAAUCUGGCCUAGUGACAUUCCAUUGGAUUGAAAAGGUGUAUGUUUUAGUUUUGCACUGAUUGUGCCUUUAUUGAUGCUUUAUGUUUUUGUACAAUUUCGAUUUGUGAUCAUAAUGAUGAUCAAUCAAGAGUGCGGGGGAGUCAAACGUUAUGUCAUGUACAUAUAAAUCUUGACAGCUGUAUCAUGUGCACACAAUAACACAUGCUUCAACAAUAAACUUUCAUAUGUUGCCUAGUAUGAUCUGCAACAAAGUUCA